UGCUCUGCAAAGAAAGAUGCGACGGGCGGAGCAGCGUUUUACACACCACACCAGAGCUGCGCUGACACUGCAGGCACAAAUCCAUUACCUGCCCAAAUGGCAAGUCCAGGCUUCUCUAGCCCCCGUGACAAGUGCCGAGGAGGGCCGCCAGGUUAAGAUUUGCAAAAUAAUCAGAAGAAAUAUAUAUGUGAAAAAACAGAAUGAAUGUGAAGCAACAAAUCAGAAGCAAGUCCUGCCAUCCCGAGCAAGCAGUGUGAACUGUAUUUCAAAGGCUAUGAUCAAGACAGUAAAAAUGACAGUGGUGACAGUUGUUGCAUAUGUGCUCUGUUGGUCACCUUUCUUCAUUGCGCAGCUGUGGUCUGUGUGGUUCCCCAGUGUCGUGACUGAAGGUUCAGCAUUCACCAUUAUCAUGCUCCUUGGCAAUUUAAAUAGUUGCACCAACCCAUGGAUUUACAUGUAUUUCUGUGGCCACAUUCCAUAUUGCACAAAUAAGCAAGUGGAGAAUACCUCAGCUCAAGAGGAAUCGACCAAAUACUGCUGUCCAGCUGGCAAGAGGAACGGAUUUCGGGCAAGUAGGAAGAGAAGGAGGUGGAUGAAGGCAGUACCAGAGCCAGACAGGAAUGGGAAGAGUCUAUGAAGUCUCUUAUAAAAAUUGCAAUUGAUAUUUUUUCUUGUGUUUUCCCCCUCUCUUUAGUUAAUAGUUAUUAAUUCUACCCCACAACAAAUUCCUUGUUGGAGCAAUUCUCUAACUCAAGUGGCAUUGUCAUUAUCUGGGGUAAGAAUAUCAAAGUUAUAAUCCAUACUAUUGAUAGGGUAUUUGUUAUAUUCAGCCAUUCACUGACUUUCUAAGACUUUCAAUCAAUUAGCUCUCAGUUAGGUUUUCCCUUGUGACUGAAUAUGAUGGUUAAUGGUGGGAUUUUUAGUUUUUCUACCUCUGUUGAUUGCAGUUAGUUACAUAGUAUAAUAUGCAGUGCUGAAAGGUGGUGUAAACAGAAAUGUUGCAAGGAAUUACCUGUCACUGUACAACUGUAUUUGCAGCAAAACUCUUCCAAAGGCAUUCAUUUGCAAGAAAAACAGGCAUUCAAAUAAUGUGGGAAGAGUCAUCCAGAUCCAGAACUGACAGAAGUCACAAUUCUGCUCAGACACUGCAGUGAAGCUGUACCAUUUGCCACCACCUGCUCUGGCCUCCAAUUAAAGUUAAAAAGUAGAAGUAUAAACUUCUACUUAUAUUUCUACAUUGCUCAUAUAUUUAUUACUGGCUUUAUAAAUAAUUUGGUAGAGCUGGUAGCCUAAAUAACAGUAGCUUAAUCUGUUCUUUAAAAGUCUGAGAGCAAUAUUAACUGACCAUAUUUCAGAUAUUUUGAUCAUGUGUUGAAUGAAAUGUCAAAAAUUCUAAAAUUCAGUAAUGGUUGUUUAUUGUUUGCAAUGUUCAAACCAAUUAUAUUUUUAUCUUUCAAGUGCUUUCUUUCUGAUUUUUUCAUUUUCUUUCCCCUGAGAUCAAUUCUGCUGUUAAGGAGAAAAAUAAAUGUUACUGUAUUAUGGUACAAGCUACAGGCUAUGGACACUUUUAGUUUCAGUCUGCCAGGAGGUAUCUGAACACAGGUAUUCCUGCUUUUUUUCUUAGCAAAAUGAAUUAGGCUGCAUUUUUCAGAUGAAUUCAUUAUCCUAAAUGACCUACCCUGCUUACCCCAUGGGCAGCAGUGACAGACACACUCAGUGGGGAGUUUGGUUCAGGCCCACAAUUUUCUGUCAAAACUCAUUUUCAAAUGAUGGAAAAUUCAUUUUGAUAACAUUUUUCUUUCCUUCUUUUUUUUCUUUUUUUUCUUAGUAGAGUGCCCCUUACAGAAUUUUUCUUAAAGAAAAGACAUUUAAAAAUAUAAUAAAUAUAAUAAAUUUGUAAAUUUGACCAUCAGUAUUUUUGGAAGUUUUAGUUUGAAUGUCUUGUGUACUUCUUUUCCUCUAUAGUUGGAUUCCUCGUUUGGACUAUAUCUUUCCAAUUUACUGUCACUGAUUUUCAACAGGUAUUAGAUUAUCUCAUUAAGAGAGAGAGCUGACUGUGGGACAACAGUGUAAUCUGUCCAAGGUGUUUAGUCAAUGUGGGAGAAUCAGAAACUGAAACGUACAAGUCCCUGGAGGCACUGUGGAAGCUCAUAAAAAUGAAAAAAUCCAGUUAUCAGAUGAAAGUCUUUCUUAUCAAAGCCUGGAUUCUAUUUUCUCACACAAAUAAUUUCUGAGUAGAAAAAUACCUAGUGUACAAGUUCCCACUCUUGAAGUGAAUGGCUAUGUUGUUGAUGCUGGCACUGCAAUAUGGUUUCUGGUUAUCUAGGUGGGGAUUGUUUUUUUAUUUUCCGGGGUUUUGUUACCACUUGGGAAAGGCACAGUUUAAUACAAGGAAUUAGAUACUUUCUUAAAAAUUAUUAUUUUAUGUGUUGCAGUACAGAUAAGAAGAAUCAAAGACAAUGUAAUCUAUUGAUUCUGUAUAGAUUUAUUACAGAAAAAAACUCAUAAAAAAUAACUUAGUAGAAUAAAAGGAAAAUCUCAACAUG